AAAGAUGACGCCGAAGGCAAAGAAGGAAGCCCCUACCCCUCCCAAAGCCGAAGCCAAAGCAAAGGCUUUGAAGGCCAAGAAAGUGGUGCUGAAAGGCAUCCAAGGUCACAAAAAAGGAAGAGCAGCCUAUCACCUACAUUCUGAUGGCCAUUCUGAUGGCGUCUCCAAAGGCAGCCCAAAUAUCCUUAAAAGAGCGCCUCCAGAGAAACAAGUUGCCCUGUGCCAUCGUCGAGUUCUCUGUGACCACCGAGUCAGCCCUGAAGAAAAUAGAAGACAGCAACACACUUGUAUCCAUUGCCAAUGCCAAGGCCAGCAAACACCUGAUCAGACAGGCUGUGCAGAAGCUCUAUGACAUUGACGUGGCCAAGGUCAACACCCGGGUCGGGCCCAACGGAGAGAAGAAGGCAUACGUUCGGCUGAGUCCCGACUAUGACACUUUGGAUUCCGCCAACAAGAUUGGCUUCAUUGAGACGGACUUUCUGGAGCUCCACGAGACAUCCGGGGCUGCCUUGGAGGACCAGCUCCCCGACCCUCCAGGCCUCCUCCUGACCCGCUGCUGCACCCAGGCCCAAGCCGCCAUGAUGCCUUCUCUGUGUUACCAGAGUCGCCUCCCACUUGCACUCUUAAUUCCCUCCAGAGUUUAUUUUCAGCGCACAGAGUGA